AUGACAAGUAUUGGGUUCAAAGUGCAACAACAUCGCGGUUGCUAUUAUCCUUUCGAUGGAACCGGUGGAGUUCUUGCUCAUGCUCUUUACCCGCCAAACGGUCAAUUGCACUUCGAUGAUGAUGAGAAAUGGACGUAUAAAGAUGCGGAAAAGAUCAGACGUGAGUACACUGAUUUGCUUUAUGUGGCGAUUCACGAGAUCGGGCACACGCUUGGUGUUGAUCAUUUAGAGAACAAGAACUCGAUUAUGUACUUCUCGUAUAAGGAACCAAUCGAUGUUCGCGGUCGCUACAUCGAGCCGACUUUACACCAAGUGGACAUUGCUGCCAUUCAGAAGAUUUAUGGGAAACGCGAGAGAGCUCCAGCUCCAGCUCUCCCAACCCGAAGACCCGCAAAUGAUGAAAUUGAGAUUGGAGCUGCUGAUCCGGUUAACCAUAAUGGAAACGACCGACCAACCGAUGAGACCCCGAAAAGCACGAGUUGUCCGGUGAAGAUUGACGCAAUUGUUGCAGACGGCUCAUCAACACUCAUUUUUGAUGGGAACACACUUUUUAUUUUUAACGAUCAACGCCGAAUUGUCAAGCAACACUUGAUCAAUGAGAUCUUCUCGGAUCCACCCCAACAACUCGAGGCGGCUGUUUUGGAUCAUCGAAUGCGGAAAUUGAUCUUCUUUGAGCGUGGCGGUACUCUUCACGCGUAUUUCCAUUCAAACUUUUUCAAUCGUUACCUCAGCGCGUAUAAAAGAAGAUUCGAUCAGUAUCAUCACCUCACCGGAGCGAUUUCUUUCAAAAGUGGAGCGAUUUUGUUGCUAGAUAAAAACUAUAAAUACGCUACUUACGAUUCUCGCCUUGGAAACUCAUCCGAGUUCAAACCAAUCGAUUUCCAGAAUUUUCCACGUAAUGUUCGAGGAGCGAUCAAAGCCAGCCACGACGAAUCCCAACUUUAUCUCUUCACAAAUAAUCGCGUCUACUUGUACAAUGUAGACGAGGAAAUCGUUGAGAAAGAGCAAGCAUUGAGCGAAUGGUUGAAUUGCCGU